AAUUAUUAGCGAAGGUAUUAGCUAAUAGAUUGAAAUCGGUGAUGUCAGAAAUUGUAAGUGAAACUCAAUCGGCUUUUGUAGGGGGCCGUCAAUUGAUUGAUAGUGUAUUAGUGUUGAAUGAAGUAGUAGAUGAGAUUAAGAACAAAAAGCAGCCAGCUUUUGUCUUUAAGGCAGACUUUGAAAAGGCAUAUGAUUGCGUUGAUUGGUCUUUUUUAGACUGGAUGAUGGAUAGUUUUGGCUUUGGAAUAAAGUGGAGAGGAUGGAUUAUGGAGUGCCUUUCAACUGCGAGAAUUUCGAUCUUGGUAAAUGGAAGCCCGACAAGGGAAUUUGAGGUAGGAAAAGGAUUACGUCAAGGGGAUCCUUUAUCCCCUUUUCUGUUUUUAAUGAUUGGUGAGGGGUUACAAGGCCUGGUACAGAAAGCAGUGACGGAGGGAAUGCUACAUGGGAUUGUGAUUGGAAAGAACGGGUUGAAUGUGUCUUUACUUCAGUUCGCCGAUACAAUAUUUAUGGGCAGAGCGGAUGCUGAGAAUAUUCGUAUGGUGAAGGAUGUGUUGAGAUGGUUUGAAAUUAUGUCGGGACUGCGGAUAAACUUUAACAAAAGUAGUAUUUAUGGCUAUAAUGUGUCGGAGAGAUGGCUAAAGGGAUCAGCGGGAAUGUUACGCUGUGGAGUGGGCCGAGCACCCUUUCUUUACUUGGGAUUGCCUAUUGACACUAAAUCUGGAAGUAAGAAGGUGUGGGAGCCGAUGGUAAAGAAACUACGUGCCAAGCUUGUUGUCUGGAAGGCAAAUACUCUUUCCUUUGGAGGCCGCCUCAUCCUGCUGAACUCGGGUAGAUGGGUUUGGCGUGUUGAGUGGAGGAGAGGAACUAUAGGGCGUGAGAAGGAUGAGGAGGGGGUGCUGGAAAAGGCACUGGAGGGUGUCAAACUAAAAGAGGGGGUUCGGGAUGUGUGGAAGUGGAAGCAUGAAAGGGAUGGCAAAUAUGUGGUUGGUGCCAUCCAAAGUGGCUUUUUUUGGGUGGCGAUUGUGCUUAAACAGGCUUCCAACAAAGGAAAAUCUUCAAAAGCGAGGGGUACAGUUGCAGGAGGAAGAAGGAAUGCCCAAGUAUUUCGAGAAGAUGAAGGAAUCCCAGAAAAUCUGCUGGAAAGGGUGCAAGUAAAAACCUUUCUAUGGUUAAAGGCUAAAGUGAAUGGCUGUGUCUUUCCCUUUCAUGAAUGGCAAUCCUGUCCGACGGAGUGUGCAAAGGCUGUCAAAAGGCAUAAAAGGAUGAGGAAGCAAUUCUCUAAGGAAGCUGCGCCACAGAGAUAAUGGGGGGAAGUUCUUAAUCUGCUAUUUACGCCUGCUGUAUGAGCCCUGAUUGUUUGGGUUCUUCGGUAGGCAUAAGCUGCAGAUUCCGGCUUAGUUUGUAUAUUCUCCUGUUGUUUUUCCUGAAGCUUUUUUCGGAGUUUUUGAUUUCUUAAGUGUUGUAGCUUUUGGUUUGUAUCUGGAGUUCCAAGGGCUGUAUUUUGUUUUGGGAGUAUUUCUUAUGCUCCUUUGCUAAUAUAUUUCAUGAUGCUUU